AUGGAGGUCAGGCCCAAUCCCACCACCGCCGAUAACUCCCCUCAGCACCGCCGUCAUGCGGCGGCUGCCUCCAAAGCCCCCGUCCCUCCUCCCAAUUCCGUCGACACUACCUCCGUAUCACAAAGGUUGCAGAAGGAAUUGAUGUCACUAAUGAUGAGUGGAGGAGAUCUUGGCGUGUCAGCUUUCCCUGAAGGUGAGAGCAUCUUCACAUGGGUUGGAACGAUUGAGGGCGGGAAAGAAACGGCUUAUGAGGGCUUGUCCUACAAGCUAUCUCUGCGUUUUCCUCUCGAGUACCCGUUCAAGCCACCACAAGUGAAAUUUGAGACAAUGUGCUUUCAUCCAAACGUUGAUCAGUUUGGUAACAUAUGCCUCGACAUUCUCCAGGAUAAGUGGUCUUCAGCUUACGACUGCAGAACGAUUCUUUUGUCAAUUCAAAGCCUAUUGGGUGAGCCCAAUCCAGAUAGCCCUCUGAACAGCUAUGCUGCAAAACUAUUGAACAACAAGGAAGAUUACAGAAAAAUGGUUCAGAAGCAAUACUAUUCUGGAGAAGCAUUUGAUAGCUGA